CUCUUUUCAGAGCUCUUUUGGAAGCCGUGUGUCCACGAAGAGGAACCGCGACGCCACCGGAGAACUCGUCCUCCGAUUCCUUUACAACCCUAAAUCUGCCAUCUUCGAACCUCUACCAAAUCCUCGAUCCCGCCCUUCCGCUUCGAGUUCGGAUCGCCCCGAGCCCACAUGGCGCCUCUGGCGAGGGGUCUUCUCCUCCUCGCCCUCCUCCUCACGCACGCUCUUUGUGCCCCCGGAGGGAAGAGUUAUUACGACGUGUUGCAAGUGCCGAAGGGUGCUUCUGAGGACCAGAUCAAGAGGGCCUACAGGAAGCUUGCUUUGAAGUACCAUCCGGAUAAGAAUCAAGGAAACGAAGAGGCCAACAAGAGAUUUGCGGAGAUCAACAAUGCAUAUGAAGUGCUGUCCGACAGCGAGAAGAGGAAAAUCUAUGAUCGGUAUGGGGAGGAGGGUUUGAAGCAGUAUGCUGGUGGGGGUGGAAGAGGUUCAGGGAUGAACAUUCAAGACAUCUUUAACAGUUUCUUUGGGAAUGGUCAAAAUGAUGAGGAGGAAGAGGUGACACCGAAAGGUGAUGAUGUCGUUGUUGAAUUGGAUGCCACACUAGAAGAUUUAUAUAUGGGAGGCACACUAAAGGUUUGGAGAGAGAAGAAUGUCAUCAAGCCAGCUCCUGGCAAGAGGCGCUGUAACUGCAGGAAUGAAGUAUAUCACAGGCAAAUUGCUCCAGGAAUGUUCCAACAGAUGACAGAGAUGGUCUGUGAACAAUGUCCAAAUGUGAAAUUUGAGCGAGAAGGUUAUUUCAUCACUGUGGAUAUUGAGAAGGGGAUGCAAGAUGGUCAAGAGGUGCUAUUUUAUGAGGAUGGUGAACCUAAAAUUGAUGGGGAAGCUGGAGAUCUGAAGUUCAGGAUUCAAACAGCACCACAUGAGCUCUUUAGAAGGGAAGGCAAUGACCUGCAUAUGACCGUGACCAUCUCACUGCUUCAAGCUCUUGUAGGUUUUGAGAAAACCAUCAAGCAUCUUGAUGAACAUCUGGUGGAGAUAGGCACCAAGGGAAUCACAAAGCCUAAAGAGAUCAGGAAGUUUAAAGGGGAAGGAAUGCCUAUUCACAUGAGUACAAAGAAAGGAGAUUUAUACCUCACAUAUGAGGUAUUGUUUCCCAAGUCACUAACCGAUGAUCAGAAGACUAAGAUCAAGGCAGUGCUUUCUUGAUAUCAACACUCGUCACCGUCGGUCUCUCUUUUUGAUAGUUACACUCCUCCCACAAGGUGCAUCUUGCCUCAUAAUUCUUUAACAAUGAGAUGUAGCUUUCGAAUUGUACCCUAAUCUUUUCAAGUUCUCGGAAUUUUUAGAAUGAAGAAUAUGUUCUCACAGCAAAUCAUCUCUCGAUACAAGAGCUUGAUUUCCACUGUUUAUUAUCGUUCUCCCGUUGUUCUUUUGAAAUUUAGUAAAGCAGAUAAUGAUACAUCUUUCUCAA